AGUGUCAUGGCGGCGUGCAGGACGCUUCUAAGUCGCGGUGUGUUAACGCUCGGGCUUCAUCAUCAGCAUGUUUGCAGAAGUGUUGUGGUGACGCAGAGCAGAGAGAAGAAGCGGUGGAUGAAGGCGUACACACUGCUCAUGGAGAGGAAGAGGAGACUCGAAGGUCCUCCGCCUCCAACACCACGCUCCCAGCAGCCGAACUGGGACUAUCACGCCGAGGUGGAGGCGUUCAGUGCCCGACUAAAGGAGCGUUUCUCCACCGACCUCCUGAAGACGGCAUUUGUGAACCGCUGUUACAUCCACUCUGAGGAGGACAGACGUCGCUCGUUGGGUUUGGACGCUGAGAACACAGCGCUAAACCUCAGAGACAACACAGAGCUGCAGGAACAUGGACAGAAAUUCACCCUGGGUUUCCUCACAGACUGGUGCAGGAACAGCUUCCCCAGUUUACCGGACGACGCUGUAGCAGCCAUCGUGAGUCACCUGACGGGGUCAGAGGUCAUGUGCCACGUGGCUCGGAACCUGGCAGUGGAGGAACUGGCAAUGACGGCGGAAUUUCCUGUUCCAGACGACGUCCUCCGGGGGACGUUCUUCGCUGUGAUUGGUGCACUGGAGCAGAGCAGUGGCUCGGAGAGGGCGGGGCUUUUCGUCAGGGACUUCCUCGUGACGCAGCUGAUCGGGAAGGACCUGUUUGACAUGUGGAAAGUGGUGAACCCCAUGGGGGUAUUAGUGGAGGAGCUGAGCCGCAGAGGAGUGUCGCUGCCCGAGCCACGCCUCAUCCAGUCCUCAGGGGUCAGCACUGCUCUCCCACUUUACUUCAUCGGCCUUUACUGUGAUAAGAAGCUGUUGGCUCACGGCCCCGGUGAGACACACUCAGCUGCGGAGGAGGAGGCAGCACGCGUGGCUCUGAGGAAACUCUUCGGCUACACGGAAAACCGCAAACCGUUCGACUUCUCCACAAAACCAGAGCAGCAUGAAACAUCAGCGGAGAAGCAGGCAGUCAGCAGAGGAUAAACACACACACACGCAGUCAUCUGUCUGACGUCUGCUGCUUUCGUCUCUUCACUCAAACACCUCGAUUUGUCUCGAGUAAAUGUGGACAGUCCACUUCAGGAAGUGAUGUGGAAAUGAACCUGCAGUCAGUUUCGGAAGAAUUCAGGCCGAAGACACGACACACGAGUGUGAACAUUUUUGUUUUUUUGUCUCAUCACAGCUGAGUUUGUUCCUAUAAUGAUGUAAAAUUGAGUUCACUGAUUUAAACACUGAAUAAAUCGACUCAAAUGUC